AUGCGCGAGAAGAAAUCGCAAGGCGUCAUCUCGGGAUGGAUAAGCUGGAAGGGAAAAGAAAUGGUCGAGAUUUUUGACCACAAACAUAAGUACCUGUAUGGAGAGAUAGACGACCCGUUUGUCUCCUAUGGCGCCUGGGUCGAGUAUAACGUUGUCUCCGCCCCCGACGAUCAUCCCAAAAACUGCUAUAAAAUGGCAGUGAACAUUGACGAAGACGUCCGAAUCUCCGAGGCUCCCACCAACGACGAGUUCUCCAAAAACCCCAUGAACGUGCGGGAAUUUAAUAAAGUCAACUUUUUCCAGUAUCAAAACGAGGGAAAACAGUUGACGUACAAAAACUCAAUUUCCCGGGAUUUCCGCAACGACGCCUUCAAAAAUGACUACUACGGCGAAGUUAUACUGUCAAGAGACGCUCAGAAUCGUCUGAUCCAAUAUCAAAUCAAUACACUGGAUGUCAUGCUGAAUUUGAUCCAAUCCGAACGGUAUUCAGGCAGUGGACCACACUGGGAGGUCACCCAUUUCAUUCAUCAGGGCAAGAUGUACAGUAUCAAUGGAUUUCCUAAAAAUACCCCCGAAAACCCUGAAAUGACCCUAAAACCCCCAAUUUUGCAGCUCUCGAUCCGUGGAUUCGUGCUCCGCGGACCAGGAGGCGUCGUUCGAGACCGUCGUGACGUCCACAUCCCUCCAGAUGCGCUCCGCCCCAUCAGCUACAACGGAGCACCACAGCCGAGAAGAGCCACACAAGUGCAAUCGACGUCUUCUUCCGAUUGGGACGCACCGGCUCCUCCUCAGAAUCCUCAGAAUCCAGCGCCACGUGAAUUGCAGUCAUUCGGAACGUCUUCUGGAUUCGGUGGAGAUUCUACAGCGACAAAAACGCCACAAGCUCCCAGUCAACGUGGAUUCGGAUUCAGAGCUCCAAGAGAAAGCGCAUUCGGAAGAGGAGGAGGAGCAGGAGUUCCACGGACGGAGCCAGCUAGACAAGGAUUCGGAAGAUCGGGACCAUGGUUCGGCGCUCCAGAACAAACAUUCGGCGCUUCUGAACCGAUUCUAGCGGGACUUGGAGCUCCGAGAACAGGAUUUGAAACUUUUGGAUCAUCAGAGUCGGUCAGAUCUGGAUUUGGAGGAGCUGGAGAAAGAUCAGAAGGAUCUAGAACGGUCGGACGAGGCUUGGAAGCAUUCGGAAGAGGAGGAACAGUCGGAAUUCCAGAUGAAAGUUCGGAUUUUGAGGUUCCACAACGCCAGCAGACACCGUCUGGAGGAUCACAAGCAGCUAGACGAGGAUCGGAAGCUUCGAGACCAGCUACACAAGGAUUCGGAAGAUCGGAACCAUGGUUCGGUGCUCCUGAACAAUCGUUCGGCGCUUCUGAACCGAUUCUAGCGGGACUUGGAGCUCCGAGAACAGGAUUUGAAGCUUUUGGAGCAUCUGAGCCGGUCAGAUCUGGAUUCGGAGGAGCUGGAGAAAGAUCAGAAGGAUCCAGGCCAGGAUUCGGACGACCAGACGUCCCACAACGUGGAUCGAAUCCAUUCAGAGCACCGCCAGCUGAAGCAGCUCCCAGAGCAGCUAUACAAGGAUUCGGAAGGUCCCGGCCAUCAUUCGACACUCCUGAACUAUCCUUUGGCGCUUCUGAACCGAUUCUAGCGGGACUCGGAGCUCCCAGAGCAGAAAGGGCAGGAUUUGGAUUCACAAUUCAAGACGUUCCACCAGCUCCGAUGCCACAGAUUCAACGUGGAUUUGGAUUCAGAGCACCACCUGUAGCUCCAGAUGACAAUAGACGACCUUCUGAAGGAAAUGGAGGAUUCACUAGACUGAAUUUCGGAGAAAUGCCAUCUGGAGCACGAUCUGGAUUUGAAAGCUCAGAAGGAUCUAGAACGACCGGACGAGGCUUGGGAGCAUUCGGAAGAGGAGGAACAGUCGGAAUGCCAGAUGAAAGUUCGGAUUUUGAGAUUCCACAACGCCAGCAGACACCGUCUGGAGGAUCACAAGCAGCUAGACGAGGAUCGGAAGCUUCGAGACCAGCUACACAGGGAUUCGGAAGAUCUCAACCGUCGUUCGGUGCUCCUGAACUAUCAUUUAGCGCUUCUGAACCGAUUCUAGCGGGACUUGGAGCUCCGAGAACAGGAUUUGAAGCGUUUGGAGCAUCUGAGCCGGUCAGAUCUGGAUUUGAAAGGCCAGAAGGAUCUAGAACGAUCGGACGAGGCUUGGGAGCAUCUGGACAAGCUGGAGGAAGAGCGGAGGGAUCCAGAACGAUCGGACGAAGCUUCGGAGGAUUUGGAGGAGCUAAUGGAUCAAGAUUUGGGGAUUCUGAAGCUACCGGAGCAAGAAAUGGAGAUUCUGGAGCAUCUAGGCCAGGAUUUUUAGCAUCUGAAGGGUCGAGGACAGUCGUUCGAAGCUUCGGAGGCUUCGGAGGUCCUGAAGAAAGAUCGGAGGGAUCCAGACCUGCUGGAGGAACGAUCGGACCAAGCUUCGGAUUCGGAGGAGCCACUAGUGGAGCGGCUAGACCAAGAAUCGGAGAAUCCAACGACGCCGACUACAUAUUCGGAUCGCCAUCGGCUGAUGAUAGAAGACGUGAGACUUCUGGAGCAGGAAUCGGAGCUUCUGGUGGACUUGGAGCAGCUAGACCAAGCUUCGGAGCAUCAGAAUCAGUCAGAUCAGGAUUUGGAGGAGCUGGAAAAUCCAUUGGAGCAGCUGGAGAAAGAUCGGAAGGAUCCAGAACGAGCUUCGAAGCACCUGAGCUCGCUAGAUUUGGAUUUGGAAGAUCUAUUGGAGCAGCUAGACCGAGCUUCGGAGCACCUGAACCAGCCAGAACUGGAUUCGUAGGAUCUGGAGCAUUCGGAAGAGGAGCAGCUGGAAUUCCAGAUGACAGUUCGGAUUUUGAGAUUCCACAACGCCAGCAGAUCACUACUGGAAGCUUACAGACAGGUAGACCAGAAUCCAAAGCUUCGGAAGCUUCAAGAGCAGCUACACAGGGAAUCGGAGGAUCCGGACAAAGCUUCGGAGGCUCACCGUCUAGAUCGAGAGAAAACGCUGUCACCGACUACAUUUUUGGAUCACCAUCUCCACGGAAGACUGAACGACCUGAACGAAGAAUUGAUGCUCCUGGAGCAAGAUCUGAAGCUUCGGAGACACCUGCGACUAGACCUAUCGGACGAUCCAUCACAUCUGAAGCUUCCAAACCAGGAUUCGGAGCUUCUGAACCCGUCAGAUCUGGGUUUGGGGGUGCUGGAGGAGGAUCGAAGGGAUCCAGACCUGGGUUCGGAGCUCCCGUCGGACGAAGCUUCGGAGUAUCGGAUCCCACGAAUCCUGUACUCUACGAAGAUUACGUCCCAAUUGGAAAUUCGACGUUUGAUAGUGAUUCAGUGGAUUUGGAUAUUAGUUGUGGUGAAGGAUCGGAGCCAAGAAAUGGAGUAUCAGGAAGAUCGGAGGCAGCUAGACCAGGAUUCGGGGAUUCGGCAGCUCCUAGAGACCAUAUCGGAGCAAGAAAUGGACCAUCCGACGCUGCUAGGCCAGGGAUCGGAGCAUCUGGAGAAGCUGGAGAAAGAUCGGAAGGAUCCAGACGAAGCUUCGGAGGCCCUGAACCAGCCAGAUCAGGAUUCGGAGCAACUGGAGGAUCCAUUGGUCGAGCUGAACAAAGAUCGGAAGGAUCCAGAACGAUUCCACGAAGCUUCGGAGGGUCUGCAGCCACUGAAGCAGCUGCUAGACCAAGAAUCGGAGGAUCCAACGACGCCGACUACAUAUUUGGAUCCCCAUCGCCUACUAGAGGGACUUCUGGAGCAGGAAUCGGAGCUUCUGGACCAACUAGAACAAGCUUCGGAGGAUUUGGCGGAGCUGGAGAAAGAUCAGAAGGAUCCAGACCAAGCUUCGGUGCACCAGAACCGGUUAGAUCUGAAUUCGGAGGAGCUGGAACGAUGAGAAGAAGCUUCGGAGGACCCGAAGGAGGACCUGGACAAGGAUCGGAAGGAUCCAGACCAAUCAGAACGAGCUUCGGAGGCCCUGAACCCUCUAUGCCAGGAGUUGGAGCUUCUGGAGCAGCCAGAACGAGCUUCGGAGGAUCCAUUGGAGGAGCUAGAGAAGGAUCGGAAGGAUCCAGACCGAUCAGAACAAGCUUCGGAGCACCUGAAGCCACUGGAGCACGACCAUUGUCCAGCUGUCUUGCACUUUCUUCGGCUAGAGCGCCUACUACAGUAACCCGGAAUCCAGAAGCCAACAUCCAACCAGCUUACCAGAUCCAAGAUGCCGAUGAUUGGUCAGGAUCGGAGCUAGCACCGAUCACGCCAGCCGCCGAGCUCAACAACAACACGAAGAAGCAGAAGUCGGAGCGACUAUUCAACGACGACACUGACGACGACGACGACGACUGGGGAUCGGAUUCUGGAGCGCCGCCGGUGAGAUUCAUGCCACCGACGAGACGUGCCCGCUCAUUUGGACUCCCACCAGCUGCCACCAAACAGGGAUUAUCUAAAUUUAAUUCGAAAUUUUGA